UUCCUCCUUGCCAAGCUUCACUUGGACUCUAUGCUUGGGAAAAGGUCCGUAAAAGCACUACGAAAUUUACUCCAUAGUCUCGCAACGGGAUCAAAGGCCUACGAUGCUGCAUACGAAGAUGCGAUGCUCAGAAUUGAAGGGCAAAUUGAUGAUCAAAGAGAGCUGGCAAAGGAAGCAUUGGCCUUUCUCACCUGCACUAAGCACCGCUUUUCAAAGCUAGAUUUGGAGAUGGCACUCGGUGCAGAGUUUGAUAACCCAAAGAUCGAUCCGGACAACUUUCCAGACAUAGAUGACAUCGUAACUGCGUGCGCUGGACUUGUUACAAUCAACGAUGAGAGCGACACUGUCGGGUUAGCCCAUUAUACCACACAGGAAUACCUUGAACGAACACAGCAACGCUGGUUUCCACAUGCGCAGGCCCUCAUCACAAAUGCAUGUCUCUCCUAUCUCUCAUUUCCCUCCUCUCCACUCAGUCAAGAUGAUUGGGCUGUUGGCUUGGGUGAAACUUGGGCAAGUCACGAUUGGUGUACCUACAGUGUGAAGAAUUGGGGUCAUCAUGCUAGCCAAGUCCCC